AUCAGAUUACAGGACAGGGAGACGCAGGUUUCCGGCCUAACAAACGUCAACAGAGGAGAAGCGGUUACUCUCAGAGGCAGUUGUUCGUUAGCCUCUCACGGUUCAGCUUUUAUAUCCCGAAUUGGCAUUCGCAGCAACAUGGCAUCUGUUUACUGAGCUGCUGCUUCUUCAGACGAUACUUGCACAAAGAUUUGGUUUGCAACGAAUGAGGCUGACACACCGUCACCAUGGAAACAGAGACAGAAAUGAUUCCCAUCUGGCAGAAUAAGCCCCACGGAGCCGCCCGCAGCGUCGUCAGGAGGAUAGGCUCCACUCUUCCUCUAAAGCCUCCACAGAGGGCGUGUUUUCAGGAGCUGCCCGGUCUGCCCUCGCUCCGUCCGCUCGACGGCCCGUCGGUUCCGACCCUGGCUGACAUCGCCUGGAUCGUCGCAGACGAGGAGGAGACGUACGCCAGAGUCAGAAGCGACUCGCGGCCCCUCAAACACGAGUGGCGGCCCACGCCGCUCCUCGUUCUGCACAGGAACUCGUCCGUGCCGAACUUCCGGCGGGAGGGGAAGCGGAUGGAGGGUCUGAGGAAGCCGGGCGUGACGGCGCUGAACCGAACCACGGCGCUGCAGGAGGAGCUGAGCCGCCUCAGAGCGCAGAUUGCCAAGAUCGUCGCCAGCGACUCGGACUCCAACCCGCUGACCCCUGAACUUCUCUCCCCCGACGACACCAGCAUGGCGUUCUCCAUGGCGCCGUUCGAGGCCGCCUCCUUCCAGCCGGCGGCCGCCACUCCCGCUUCCUUCGUCAUCAGCGACGUCACCGAGGAGGACGAAGAGGAGGACGACGACGAAGAGCCGGUGGAGGAAGACGAGAAGGACGUGGUCUCCGUCGUGUCGGAGCUGCUGCCCGACCCGCUGCCGCCGGUUUCCAUGACGGCGUCGGCGACCUUCGACCUGGACCGGCCCAGCAUGGAGUUCAGGGAGGCGGAGGAAGACACGGUGUCGCUGUCCAAGUCGACGAGCUUCGCCGACGUCAUGGACAUCCUGAAGGACAUGAACAAGAUGAAGAUGAGCAAAGACAGGUACAGCCGCGGUUGCACGUCGCUCAGGGAGGAAGACUCCGCCACGCUGAUUUCUGAAGCCCUGAGGAAAAAGUUUGUCCUGAAGGAAGAGGAUUCUGCUGCUGCUGUGAAACGGAAGUAGCCGCUUCCUGCUGCGCCACGAUCAGCGCUGGCCCACAUUAUUUUCCAUUUCCUGUUCUUUCCCCGGAUGAUCCAGCUCCUCUGUGGUUCUCAGCCUACUUUCUGAGUCCUUGUCCUACUUUGUCCCUCGUCACCUCCGCCGUGGAGGUGAAGAAGAAUAGAUCCAUCUGCCAAUUUUAGAUGCAGCCAUAUUUCUUUGGAGGGCUCCGUUAAUGGGACUUUGUGUCAAAAUGAGGCUCUGGUGAACGGAUAAGUUCACAUUGAUGGCGAACUAAAGAAAACAGAUUAAUACAUUAUUAAAGCGAACUGUAACUAAA